AUGAAUCAAUAUUCUAUUAGUGAGAAUAGUCCUUUUAUAAUAGAUGAUGAAGAAGAGAAUGAGGAAUCUAUAUCACUCCAACCAGUAAAUUUUGCACCAUUAUUGCCUUCUACUGAUUCUAGUAGUAGCGAGUUUAUAAAGGAAAGUUCUAGAUUGGCAGCGUUACCAAAAGAUACGUUACAUAUUGUAUCACUAGAGCAUGAUGGUGUUGGUUUAUUAAAAAUGCCUAAUGAUGGUGGUUCUUUUUUUGAAAGUUUUCUAAAUAUGGCAAACAGUAUUAUAGGAGCUGUACUUACAAUUGUAGUUGACUGGACGAUAAGACUAUUAGUUUAUAAUUCUAAAUUAUCAGGAAGAAAUUCAUAUCAAGAUGUAGUGUAUUUUUGUUUUGGAAAAGGUGGCCAUAUUUCAAUAUCUUUAUUCCAAUUAGCAUUUGCAUUUGGUGGAAUGUGUGCAUUCUGUGUUAUUAUUGGCGACACAAUUCCUCACGUCAUCGCAUCAGUAUUUCCACAAAUUAUCGAUAUACCAAUAUUACGUUUGUUUACAGAUAGAUAUUUCAUAAUAAUUUUUUGUACCGCAUUUAUAUCAUAUCCAUUAUCAUUAUAUCGUGACAUAUCAAAAUUAGCCAAAGCAAGCGGAUUAGCUUUGAUCUCAAUGGUUAUUAUUGUAGCAAGUGUAGUGAUAGAAGGGCCUCAGGUUGAUGAUAGUUUGAAAGGUAAUCCAGACACAAGAUGGAAGUUUAUUCAACCACAAGUAUUUCAGCCAACAUUAAAACGAUUUGAAGCAGUGACGCAUUUAUCAACUGGAAUAUCCAUGCUUGCAUGUAUGCUAAUGGCAUUAUUUGGAUAUCUUGUAUUUACUGAUAAAACUCAAGGAAAUAUUUUAAAUAAUUUUCCUCAAAAUAAUUUUAUAAUAAAUAUUGCAAGAUUUUGUUUUGGAUUUAAUAUGUUUACAACAUUACCAUUAGAAGUGUUUGUUUGUAGAGAGGUGAUAAUAAAAUAUUAUUAUCCAAAUGAAAUGUAUUUAUUGAAACGUCAUGUUAUAAUAACGACAUUAUUAGUGGCCGGGGCAAUGUUUAUAUCGCUGUUGACUAAUGAUUUAGGAAUUGUUUUAGAGCUGACUGGAGGAUUUUCAGCAACAGCAUUAGCAUUCAUUCUACCACCUGCAUGCUUUUUAAAACUAACAUCUGGUAAAUGGUAUAGUAGGAAAAAAUUACCGGCAGUUGCAUGUGUUGGGUUUGGGGUCUCGGUUAUGAUAUUAAGUACCACAUUGAGCAUUACAAAAAUUAUCAAUAAUUAUCAUGAAGAACGAGAUUUAAAAAAGUAG